AUGAUCUCAGAAGUUCCUCCUAAAAGGAUGACGAACGCCGUGACGUCACCAAGACACAAACGAAUGCCUGUGCGCUUUGAGGGAAGAAGAUAUGCGCGUCUGGAGGGCAUCGGCCGGGCAUCUGCUUGCCAACCCAUCUACCUGACCCCAUGGCACUCUCCCCAUGGCACUCUCCCCGUGGCACUCUCCCCGUGGCACUCUCCCCAUGGCACUCUCCCCGUGGCACUCUCCCCAUGGCACUCUCCCCAUGGCACUCUCCCCGUGGCACUCUCCCCGUGGCACUCUCCCCAUGGCACUCUCCCCAUGGCACUCUCCCCAUGGCACUCUCCCCAUGGCACUCUCCCCAUGGCACUCUCCCCAUGGCACUCUCCCCAUGGCACUCUCCCCGUGGCACUCUCCCGUGGCACUCUCCCCGUGGCACUCUCCCCGUGGCACUCUCCCCAUGGUACUCUCCCCAUGGCACUCUCCCCGUGGCACUCUCCCCAUGGCACUCUCCCCAUGGCACUCUCCCCAUGGCACUCACAGAUCCAGGCCACAGAAGCAAAAGCCGACAGCACGGGCGCCCAUAACUCACGCAUGAACAGACGAUCACAGCUCAAUCAGUGA